GACUCGGUGAGUUAUGGUUAUCUAUACAAACAGAUUCAAUGCCACACACAAAACCUCCACCUGAAUCAGAGAGAAAUGGAAACCUUAACUUUUCCUUUCCCUCUUUUCAGUCCAAACAACAAAAUUUACCAUAAUCACAGCUCCAUUUCCUACAAAUCCAAUCUCUCUAAUUUCUCCAAAGCUUUAGCUACAAAAACCCCUAAUAAUCAAGUUACAAUCAAACCACCUCCCCCAGAAUUUGAUUUCAGGUCUGAAAUUUCAGACAUUUCAUUAAAGAAUAUCACUAAAUUACAUCCAGAAUUACUUGAUUUAGUUGAAAGUGGGAAUUUGGUAGUAAUUCAGAAGAACCUGUUUGGUCCUGUUCCUUUAUGGAGAACUGAAUUUAUGGAACCAGAAGAGAUUUGGUUGAUUGGAACUAAUCAUAUCUCUAAACAAUCAGCAAUGGAUGUUGAACGUGUUGUAAGAACUGUGAAGCCGGAUAACGUCGUGGUUGAGCUUUGUCGAAGCAGAGCUGGGAUUAUGUACAUUUCGGAUGAGGGGAAGUCUGUUCCGAAUAUGAAGUCCAAUAUGUUUUCAUUGAGUGGAAAUGGUUUUUUUGGGGCUGUCAAUCGCAGCAUAAACUUGGGGGGUCAAACUGCUCUUGCAUUACGAUUGCUUCUGGCAGUUUUUUCUUCAAAGCUAUCUUCAGAUGGCAAUCAGGCAUUCGGAAACGAGUUUCGUGCAGCUCGAAAAGCUUCUGAGGAGAUAGGAGCUCAACUAGUUUUGGGUGAUCGGCCAAUUGAAAUAACGCUGGAAAGGGCUUGGAAUUCACUAGGAUGGAAUGAGAAACUAAGCUUGGUUACCUCUAUUUUCCGUGGCAUAGCUUCUCCAGUAUCAGCUACGUCUCAGAGCAGUUUGAAGGAGCCUGAAAAAGAUGUUAGUCCCUUUCAACUGUAUGAGAAGCUGAGCUUUUCAUAUCCAUCGCUUCUACAACCGCUAAUACACGAGCGUGAUACUUAUCUUGCUUGGUCACUGAAGAGAAGCAAAGCUGUGAAUAACUGCAAGAGAGUCGUUGGGGUUAUUGGGAAAGGCCAUAUGAAUGGGGUGGUAUAUGCUUUGGUGUCAGAUCUUGGAGACUUGCGAUUUCGUGACCUUUGUGGCAAGGGGCCAUUUGGCGGAAAUCCUAAUGGUUGGAUCCAAACUGUUGGACAGAACCUAGUUAGAGAUACUGUAAUUGGUGUAGUGUUAUGGUUUUUAUACGAGCAGCUGAAAAGUAAUGGACUCGUAAAUUUCUGAUAACUUGAUUCUUUUGUGAUCUCUGUAAUAAAAAAAGGUGGUGUUCGUCACCUUGAUCGAAGAGUCAAUCGGUAGACAGGAUUCA